UUCGCAGUCUAGGCUUGAUACUUCGAGGACACCAGACACUUUUUCUACUGGCAGUAUUGAUAAGCCGAUAUGUUGAAGGUGAGCUGCUCAAGGUUAGAGGAUCUCAUUUGAAUCAGGGAAGGGAGGGGUAUCGGAGAAGUUCAGAUUCACCUUUGAUCAACCAUCGUCAUCAAGUUUGCUACAGAAGUCAACCUCAACCUCGACCUCUCGACAUCUUCCAUUGCCAACGCCAACACGAAUCAACCUUCUCAACUUCAACAAGAACGUCGCGAUCUCCCUCGAAUCGGCUAUUCGGCGUCGAAAAUGUCGACUCGAUCUCCCUACCGCAUCGAGACAUCAGGAGAACGUGAUAUUUUGACAUCAGUCCCGCCAGAGAUACUGGUAAAGAUCAUUGCCCUGAUUCCGUCAAAGCACUACCUAGACCUAGUACACACAACCAAAGCUCUUCGAAACUUUAUCAAGCUUAAUGCUAGCAGUAUAUGCAACGAGGCAAUCCGGUCCCGGUUUCCUGUCGAGGCAAAAGUUCUACAAUCGGAGCCGGAAGCAGGAUGGCUAGUCCCUACGCACGAGAAGGUCGCGGAGGAGGAGGAACGUUUUCGACAAAAACUUAAUACAAUCCGACCUUCCAAUAACGAGCAAGGAUUCAGUCUCCUGGGCAAAUCACCCACAGAAUCCACUGUUAGCAUCAAGAUUACUUCCCCUGGACCGCAAUACCUUCACUUUCUGGAACACAACAUACUUCAACUUUUCACGCAAGCCGAAAUAGGCAAAUACUCGCGGAUUGCGGACAAGAGAUGGCCCGCUACAUAUGUUUGGGUCAAGGAAAUUCGUGAAGUGGUGGUAGAUGGACGGAAACACUUCUUCGGUUUUCGCCAUCACCCUUUCGGGGAAUUGGCUGAGCCGUUUUCCUCUUUCAUGCGCUCCUUCAAUAAGCUGUUGGUAGAGGCCAAAAACGGAGAGCUCGUUCGUCGUGAUUAUGGCCGGACCAGGACCCGGUUCCCGAGAGAGCUGGUCUGGUUCUAUGGUGUCGAAAGGUUGAGGAUCGUAAAGGAAGGUGAGGUGGCGGACUGGAAGACUUUGCCAAUCCUGCUGUGGCAAUAGAGGGCUGUGCUCAUUUUUCUGGCAGGGUGGCAUAUCUGAACGUGAAGAGGGUAUGAUAAUGGUUCAGAAGUGGAUAUGGGAAGAACGAAGAAACCUUUGGGCAUUGGGAUACAUACGGUUGUUGAUGCACUUAGCGAUAUGGGAGCACUUACUUGGGAGCAUGGUUCUUCAUAGCGAAACAGGAACAAUCAAUUGGACAUAGGAAAUCGGAAGACUUAAUUAAUGUGGAUUGCGCAUUCACUCCAAAUCCACACCAAUAACUAACUUAACACGUGAACAAGUGAUAAAAUGACGUCGCUACACUGCU